CUCCUUAUCCAUUACCCGAAAUUCCCACCACCCACGCAAAAUCCCCAAAGAACCUUCUUUUAAGUCUAUGCUGUUCAUUGAUCCAUUACUCAUUCCAACUAUCUCCAAUGGCCAUGGCAACCCAAGCCUCUCUUUUCACUCCCGCCGCCCUCUCAGCCGCUAAGUCCAGCCACCGCGCCACCGUCCCAUGGAAACAACCAUCAUCUCUGUCUUCCAGGCCACUUAAAACCGUCCCACGUAGCAUCAGGGCCAUGGCCGAAGAGACAACCGAGACCCCAACAAAAGAGGCGGCUCCAGUGGGCUUCACCCCACCAGAACUCGACCCCAACACCCCAUCCCCCAUCUUCGGCGGCAGCACUGGCGGGCUCCUGCGGAAGGCUCAAGUAGAAGAAUUCUAUGUCAUCACCUGGGAGUCACCAAAGGAACAAAUAUUCGAAAUGCCCACUGGGGGUGCUGCAAUAAUGAGAGAAGGUCCAAAUUUGCUGAAGCUAGCGAGGAAAGAACAGUGUUUGGCUCUGGGAACAAGACUGAGGUCCAAAUACAAGAUCAGGUAUCAGUUUUACAGGGUGUUUCCGAAUGGUGAAGUUCAGUAUUUGCACCCCAAAGAUGGUGUUUAUCCUGAAAAGGUGAACCCCGGAAGAGAAGGAGUCGGGCUGAAUUACAGGUCGAUUGGGAAGAAUGUUAAUCCGAUUGAGGUGAAGUUCACAGGGAAACAAGUUUAUGAUUUGUAAAUUGGAGUGAAAACUGAAGAGUGUUGUUUUUAUUAUGUAAUUGUGAUUACGUUCAAGCAUUUCUACUGUUUUGUUUGUUUAAUUUCUUGAAAUUGCUUCAUAAAUAGCAGAAGUUGCUGAUUGAAUCCA